GACGCUACAGCCUCACACCAUUACAACGGCAAAAUCUACACUUUUUACAUUCUAAUAGUGAAUUACUACUUUGAAAUCAAUCAUUUUAAUUAUAAAGCAAAAACUUAAUCAAUCUUAAAUUGGAGUCACUAAAUUGAACAGAAAAAUAUAAAAAUGUUGUACCUUGAAGAUUAUUUGGAGAUGAUCGAACACUUGCCACAGGAGCUUCGAGAUCGAUUUACUGAUAUGCGUGAAAUGGACUUAACCGUCCAAAACCACAUUGAUGAAAUAGAAAAAAGAAUCCGUGGUCUAUUCUCAAGAUGUGCGCGCGGCGAAUUGCAAGGAACACAAGCCGACGAUGAAUACAACGAAAUCAGCAAAGAUUACUACAAAAUUUUGGAGGAUGCGGACGAAAAGGUCGCAUUGGCUAGUCUGAUGUACGAUCUUGUUGAUCGUUAUUUGCGUCGGCUUGAUAGUGAGUUAUUCAAAUUCAAAUGCGAGUUAGAAGCUGACCACAAUGGUAUCACAGAAAUACUGGAGAAACGAUCACUUGAACUAGAAGGAAAUAGUAGUAGUAGCAAUAGUAAUAUAAACAGUAAUAACAUAUUAAGUAAUAGUACAUCUAAUGCAAGUAAUAGUCAGAAAGAGAAUCGAUUUUUUGGUGCAAUUUCGAGUAACAUGAACACGCCACAAAAUCGCGAAAAAUACAAAGCGAGGCCAGAGAAACGACGUAACAGCAGUACAAGUGCGGCAGUUGGACCAAUAGAAAAACGUCCGGCCCUAAGUACACCCGUUUCAAAUGUUGCAACUACACCGAAUAAUACAGCUCAUUCAUCGAGUUCGUCACUUAUUCUGCCAGCAAAUACACCGACACUCCAGACGAGUGUACCAUAUAAUUUACAACACAUUGGUGCCGGUAAUGCUAUAGCAGCAGCGGCUAGCCAAGCAAUUGUUGCUACACAGCAAAUGCAACAAGGCCGGCGCACAGCAAGUUUAAAGGCAUCAUAUGAAGCGAUUCAUGGUUCAUCGACAAGUGGUUCUCAUGAAUUGUUAAUAGGACGAGAGUUGGCCGGUGCCGCUCAUAAUGCCCUUCAAGCUGUAGAACGUGAAGGCAAUACGUUAAACAAUCGACGUCAGAAAAAGAAAGUUCCUGGUUUAAAUAUACCAACGAAUGGUACACCACCUCUUCCAGUUUCACUUAGUUUAAAUGCAAACGUAUCGCAUACACCAACACCGUCAAUUUUGACCUCCACAACGGAUCCAGAAUCUCCGUCAGCGGCAAUGUUGCUUGGUGACAAUGGUCUCGUUGUUGAUCCGACCACAGAUGGAGAUUGGUCAUAUGACCCAAAUGAACCACGAUACUGUGUUUGUAACCAAGUAUCAUAUGGUGAUAUGGUCGCUUGUGAUAAUGAGGCUUGUCCAUUUGAAUGGUUCCACUAUCCAUGUGUUGGCAUCACACAGCCACCCAAAGGCAAAUGGUAUUGUCCGAAAUGUACGGCAUCGAUGAAAAGAAGAGGAAUACGUAAAUAGUUUGUAUUGUCGUUACGUAUACGUUUGGUGUAACCAAGUUCCACCGCAUAAUUACUUUUAGUAAUUGUAUCUUGUUUUUACUUUUGUUCAAAAAAGUAAAUUUCAUAGAACUCUCAUAAUAGAUUCCCAACUAAUUACAAACAAAUCAAUAAAGAAAGAAUUCUCUAAAGUGAUCAAA